AGAGAGAGAGAGAGAGAGAGAGAAUGUGUGUGAUACUCUGGGUGAGUGUUUGUAUGUGUGUGUGAAUGUUUAUACAAUGAUGCCAUAGCUCUCAGAGAAAUAGCAGGUCCUCUAUGAGCAGUGUCUAUGCUGAAAAGUGACUUUUCCUUGAAGUUUUCUGCAUUUGUGUUAUUUGUCCUUUAUAUCUUUAAAAAUGUUAGCAUUGAUACAUUUAUAUAUUACAUCACAGAUUAUGAUUAAAAGGUAGGACUGGCCCCUGAGCAAUCUAUUGUCAGUGUCAUUUACUUGAUUUUCAGAUAAUACCUUGUAGUACAAGAUGAACAUUCCUGAGGCAUUUCUGUGAACCAUUUUUAUAAUUUACAUGUGUUUCUGCAUGACUUUCAGGUAAGAAUGCCUUUAAAUAUUGAUGCUUUUACAUUUGACCAUGUUCAGAAGAGGAAACAAUAUUCCUAGGCGAUCCUAUGUGGGAACUUAUCCAGAAUCCCUGAGUAAAAUCUCAGUGCUCCCUUUUUUUGAGAAAGGCAUUGCUUUUGAAAUGGCUCCUAUGCUUAUCUUAUGUGACACGGUAAACAAUCUUUCCCAGCUCUUCUGCCUUUCUAUUGAGCUUGAUAUUCUUGGUAGUCACAUCUGGAAUUAACAAAAAUCCAAAGCGUUAGGAACUGUGAGGGAUUUCUCUUCAUUAUACUUUUGGACAUGAGAAAAGUAUUAUUAAUCUGUGUCUUUUCAGGUGAUAAGAAACACCUUUAAACUAGGUUAUAGUUUAUGGAAAUGGCCUGCAGAUAAAGAUGGAUCUGGAUGUACUGACCUAUGAUGAAGUGCAUGUGAAUUUCACUCAGAAAGUGUGGGCAUGGGUGGAUCCUGCUCAGAAGAGUCUCUACCAAUGUUUGAUGCUGGAGACCUGUAGGAAUCUCAGUGCUGUAGGCUACAUUUGGGAAGACCAUACUACUGAAAAAUAUUGUAAAAGUUCUGGAAGACAUGGAAGCCAUGUGAACACAGCGAUAGUGAAAGAAACAGCAUACCUCUCUCUUCUGCAGAACAAUUAGAAGAUGUACAGUACACCCCGCUUUGAGGAGAGUUUCUUAAUGUGGUAAAAGUUUAUAAAUAUUUAGUUUUUGUCCAUUAUUGGGGACAUUUUCACAUUGAAAGUGCUGAAUCACAUCAUAAGAUUAUGGUUAUAGAUGUUUUUUCUGUUUGCAUUGGUUCAUGUUGCAAAUGUAGUAUUCCUCACAAGACAGCAAAAUUUAUGUUCACAGUCAGACUACAAAAACUCUGAGUUCAUCCUCUUCUCUUCAAAUAUGUUAAUAUUCUUUAAGAAAAAAAUUAUGUAAUAAAUAUGAGUAGUGUAAUCAGUUUUCUUCCUAUUCCAUGUAUCUUCAAACAUUCAAGACAACGCAUAAUGAAAGGGACAGAGUUGAAUGUAAACAAAUUGACGUUUUGUUAAGAUCAUAUUGCUCUUUACAAUUAAACAAAAUUUGAAAUAAAUUCACAAAUAUAAAAAGAUUCAUGAAUAUAAUCAAGCUGAGAAAAAAUUUACAUGUGCCAAUUGUAUUUGCAGGUAUGAAAGUUUUACUGGAAAGCAAACCUUUGAUUUUAUUCAAUAUGGUAAAGUCUUUGCAUUUCAGAAUCUUAUCCAAAGGCAUAAUGGAGAGAAGCCCUGUGAAGGUAACCAAUGUGGUAAAGAUUUUGCACAAAGAGUAGUUUCAAAAGACAUAAAAGUACAUAUAAUGGAGAAAAACCUUCUGAAUAUAACCAAUGUUGUAAAGACUUUGUAAGAAGCAGUGUUAUCCGAAAUCAUAAAAGAACAUACACAGGAGAGAAACUCUAUGAAUGUAAUAAAUAUGGUAAAGCCUUUGCACAAAGGAGUAGUUUCAAAAGAUAUAAAAGACCAUGUAAUGGAGAAAAAUGUUAUAAAUGUAAACAAUGUUGUAAAGUCUUUGUACAAAACCAUGAUUCUCCAAAAACAUAAAAGAACCCAUAUAGGACAGAAACCCUAUGAAUGGAACCAAUGUUGUAUAGCCUUUGCACAAAGUGGUCAACUCCAAAGACAUAGAAGAACACAUACAGGAGAGAAACCCUGUGAAUGUAAUAAAUGUGCUAAAGCCUUUGCACAAAAGAGGCAUCUACAAAGACAUAACAGAAACCAUGCAGGAGCAAAACCCUUUAACUGUAACCAAUGUGCCAAAGAUUUUUUCACAAAGCAGUGGUCUCUAAAAUCAAGAGAGAAACAUACAAGAGAGAAACUUUUUGAAUGAAACCAAUGUGGUUUUUAACCACUUUCACAAAGCAGUGACUUCCAAAUACAUAAACAGCAAGAAAACCCGAUGAAUGUCUUAAAUAUUCUGAAGACCUUUCACAUCACAAUCAUCUUCAACUGCAUAAAUGAAUUUGUACUAGAAAGAAAUGCUCUGAGUGUAACUAAUGUGGUAAAGCCUUUGCAUGAAAUAGUCAUUUCCUAGCACAUAAAAUAAUACACACUGCAUAGGAACCCCAUGAAUGUAAGAAAUGUGGUGAACCUUUUGUAAGCCACAGUACUCUUCAAGUAAAUAAAAGAAGACACACUCAAGAAAAACCCUAUGAAUAUAAUCAAUGGGAUUAAGCCUCUGUGUUUGAAUGAGCAAUCAUCUUUCAAAUACAUAAAAGAAGACAAACAGGAGGGAAACCCUAUGAAUGUAAUCAAUGUGUUAAACCCAUCACAUGUCAGUCAUAUUAAAAGGCACAAAAUAAACCAUAGUUUAGAGAAA